AAAUUGUUCACCACCUGCGUCCUUUCUCAUUGGUUAACGACUGCGCCAAUCCGAUGAUCUGGUUAAAAUGGAACAAGGCAGUUCCUCAAAAAUCACUAUACAUUUUCUCUUAUAUUUGAUUCUUCAUCAGUAUGAUGAGCAACGGAUUUAUGCCUUCGGGCCAUGGAACUGCUUGGGAUGCAAGUAUAGUGAAUACCGACAGCCAAAGUUACGAUGAUUGUUGGCCUGACAAUCAUUUAUACCAUCAUCACCAUCAUUUACACCAUCACCAUAUUCAUCAACACUCACCUGCAGUACCUCAAAUGUGGCCUAUGGCGCAUAAUCAUUCCCAACAGUCUGGCAUUGCUCAAAAUUCUAUCCCAAGAAGCAGCUUGCAGAAGUCCUCAAUGGCGACUUCAAAGAAAAUAAGACGUCGGGUUGCUACAUUAGCACAACGUCGCGCUGCCAAUAUACGUGAACGCAGGCGCAUGUACAAUUUGAACGAGGCGUUCGACAAGCUCAGGCGCAAAGUACCAACGUUUGCGUAUGAAAAACGCUUGUCACGAAUAGAAACUUUGCGAUUAGCCAUCACAUACAUCAGCUUCAUGUCCGAACUUUUGCAAUCUACGCCGGCGUCCAACGACACUGUCCAGUCACCAGCAAGUUAUUCGGCGUUACCACAACACGAUAUCCCGUAUGUUCCCUACUCGCUGAUUCCACCAGUAUAAUUGAAAAUUGUUGGAAAAAUAAGACAACUUAAUGUAGAGAUAUUAAUUAAUAUGUAUAUUUUAAAAAGGUAACAAUCAUUUGUUCAUCUAUAAAAAGAUGAAUAAAUAAUUGCAGUUUUUAAUGGAUUGAUGAACAUUUUGACGGGUUAGUACAAUUUUAAGACAAGUACUCAUUGAGUUAUAAUUAUUAUAACACAUAGAGUACGUAUGUAGUGAGGUUGGAUGCAACUUGUACUGGUGUACAUAUACUUUGCCCGAGUUCCAUAUCGCAAUAAUUAUUAAAAAAAAAAAAUUCAACAAAAUGAUAAUUGUAUCAAAAGUUAUAAGCGUUGUCAGUCAUAUUUGAAAUACCUGUAUGUGUCGAUUUUAAAGAAAACAUUUGCCAUAAAAUCUAUUAGCUAUUAAUUGAUAUUUUCUAUACUUUUUUUUUUAUUAAAAAAAAAAAACAAUUUUUUCGUUAUUAGAUAUAAGUAACUUGUUAUUAAGAACUAUAGUAAGUUAUGAAGUGGUGUAAGACAUAGUGCAAAAAUAUUUCAAAGGGUUUCGACAUUUAAUUUUCUUAUUUGUGUUUAUUUUUAUCUUUAAUGUGUUAAUUUUAAAUGAUCUCAUUAGUACAUGUAUUAAGAUAUAAUUGUACAUUUUUUAUUAUUAAUUACAUAAAACUAGUAUUUCCUUUCUUACUUUCUAUGUUUGUUAUUUUUUUUAAUAAAUUGAUUAGUUUUAUUAAUAGUUU